AACCGAGAACUCUCGCUCUUCACCUUGUCUUCUUCUUCCCACUCGCCGCCCGCCUUGUGCACACUCCGAUCGAGUCAAAUCGUCUCCGCCCACCAAAAUCCAAUCCCCAGUCCCGUCUACCCCGUCCGCCAAACCCUAGCCGGCAGCUGGAGUCGGCGCCGGAGAUUCCCAGCCGCCGGGCGAGAUGGAUUUGGAUCUGUGGAUCGUCAAGGUCAAAGAGGGGCAGCACCUCGCCGAGCACGAGCUCCAGUCCCUCUGCGAAUACGUGAAGGAGAUCCUCAUCGAGGAGUCCAACGUGCAGCCGGUCAACAGCCCCGUGACGGUGUGCGGCGACAUCCACGGCCAGUUCCACGACCUCAUGAAGCUCUUCGCCACCGGAGGCCAUGUCCCCGAGACCAACUACAUAUUUAUGGGUGACUUUGUGGAUCGCGGGUUCAACAGCCUUGAGGUCUUCACCAUUCUUUUGCUCCUGAAAGCGAGGUAUCCUGGCCACAUAACUCUUCUGCGUGGAAACCAUGAAAGCAGACAGUUGACGCAGGUGUAUGGUUUUUAUGAUGAGUGUCAGAGGAAGUAUGGGAAUGCAAACGCAUGGCGGUAUUGCACUGAUGUUUUUGAUUACCUUACUCUUUCGGCAAUCAUUAAUGGCUCGGUCCUCUGUGUUCAUGGUGGCCUUUCACCUGAUGUACGGACGAUUGAUCAGAUGCGGAUAAUUGAUCGCAAUUGCGAAAUUCCUCAUGAAGGACCUUUCUGUGAUCUAAUGUGGAGUGACCCAGAAGAGAUAGAGACAUGGGGUGUUAGUCCCCGUGGAGCAGGUUGGCUUUUUGGAUCACGGGUGACAACAGAGUUCAACCAUGUUAACAAUCUUGAGUUAGUUUGCCGGGCUCAUCAACUAGUCCAGGAAGGCCUAAAAUACAUGUUCCAAGACAAGGGUCUUGUAACUGUGUGGUCUGCACCUAAUUAUUGUUACAGAUGUGGCAACGUUGCUUCUAUACUGAGCUUCGGCGAAAAUAUGGAAAGAGAGGUCAAGUUCUUCACAGAGACUGACGAGAACAACCAAAUGCGAGGGCCUAGGACCUCAGUCCCGUAUUUUCUUUGACCUCUUUUGUACAUUGUGUUUUGUGGUUUCUAUUUUUCAGUGGCUAAAGAUCAAUCCAAUAGGUGUGUUCAUUGUUGUAGCUUCAGCUCAUAGUGCAGUCUGAUUAUCUGAUGCAAUUGAUGUCACUGGUUAAUUUAACCCGCUGUAAGAUAGAUUAUUGGGCCUGUAGCUGCCAAUGCCACCUUUUUUUUCAUCCCUUCAUCACCUAUCUGCCCCUAAGUUAGGUUCAAUCUGCUGGAAGCCUGAACACAUGGAGGAAGAGGAAGGUAAACUGAAAGAAUACUAGAAACUGAAAGAAACACAUGGAGGAAGAGGCAGGGUCAUUGUGUGAUUGUAUCUUUCUCAGCAUUCAGCUCAGGAACUCUGUUGAUGUAGUUAAAUUUUGUGAUGAAUGGCGAACAUUCUGAGUUCUGUGACGCUGUUCUGUUUCUGUGGGAUGAAGCAUAAUACUCAUUCAGUAAAAUGGUUGAA